AAAAAAUAUAUAAUGGAUCGUCUAAACCCAUCAUCCAAAGAUUGCAUUGUUCCCCUUAUCGAAGAAAAUUCCCCUUGUAUUUGUAAUAAAUAAUAUAAUAUUAUUAGAAAGCAACAAACAAGAGAUUGACUCCCAAUUUUUGCUGCCCCAAUUUACAUAGAUGUUCCAGAAUCCCGACCUUCUACUUUAAACUGUCCAACUGGAAUAAUUGAAGCUGCAAGCCCAAUUCUACUCUCAGAUGAAUAAUCUACCACUCAUUACUGAUGAACCUAGAGUCGUUGAUCUAUUCACCCAACAACUUCUCUAGUAAUAACUCAUGAUUAAUGCAGCUCUUCUCAAUCAAUUCUAAGUAUUAUCUCAUUCUAAAGUAGGGCGUUGAAAAUGCUAACUAGAGUCAAACAAAGGAUUUAGGUGAUAAUAAAAUUAAAAGAAAACAUAUUAAAAAAACCCAUAAUCCUCAGUUUAAUACAGGUACUUAAUAUCUUAAAUGUGAUUAGGACAUUGGAGUGCACAAGAACAUUAGGUUUAUUUGAACUUCUUGUCUCAACACAGGGAUGUGAUGGAAAGUUCUGAAUUAAAAAAAACCAACAAAAUCUUCAAACUGAUGUCUGAUAUCAUUAAGAGUCGCUCGCCCUCUUAAUGUAGAUCUCACCAUCAGAAAUUCAACCCCUAUUCCAAGUACUUGAUCAAUGUAUUAAAUUUGGUGUAUAUUUUAGAAUAACAUUGUUCGUAGAAAAAUGAAGGAACAAUAGAAGGAUGCCCAAUAAUAACAGUAGUAAAAUUCAGAAAACGAAAAUAAUCAGUAAUAGUAAUCUCAGGAGUCGAAUUUAAAGAUUGAGUUCCAACAACAAUUGCAGGAAUUCAAAGUAGAAUCACAACAAUAACUCCAAGAUUCUAAUGUCAGAGAAGAUUAACAACAAGCUAGUGGCCAGGAUUGA